AUGGCGGAUCAUCAUCGACCAAUGAAUCGUAAUCUCCACGAAUCGUCAUCGUCGUCACCAUCGACUCGGCAGAUAGUGAGAUUCCUAACGGCAGCGACGAUCGGUCUGUCAUUGUUGUUGCUUUCGGGACUAACGCUCACUGGAACGGUGAUCGGAUUGAUCGUUGCGACGCCAUUGAUGGUUCUGUUCAGCCCGGUGCUGGUGCCUGCGGUGAUAACGACGGGGCUUUUGACGGUGGGAUUCUUGUUUUCAGGUGGAUGUGGGGUUGCGGCAGCGACGGCGUUAUCGUGGAUAUACAGAUAUGUCACCGGAAAACAUCCUAUCGGAGCUGAAAAAGUUGAUUACGCGAGAAUGAUGAUUUCGGAGAAAGCUAAAGAGUUGGGACAUUAUGCUCAUCCGCAAUCGCAAACAACACACCAAACCACAACACCUGAUUAUUGA